AUAACCCGGGAUAUGUCAUGUUAAAAAGUAUUUAUUAUGUGAAAAACAUUUUAAUAGACUUGUUUAUUAACAAGACUAAGUCUUCUAUGUUAAAGAGUUAUGCUUUUUUGUGCGAUUAGUUAGUUUUUUGUAGUGAUCUUAUCAUGUCCUUUAAAAUUUCAAAAAUAUUGCAAUUCCCUCAGCCAACAUUACAAUAUAUUUUACAAGACGAAUGUGAUAUAGACCCCUCAAGAGGUCUUUUUUUAGGUUUACCGCUUUUAGGGGGUAUACUAUCGGAUACACAUUAUGUUUGGCAUUCAAAAGGACCUUGUUUAGAAAUUAGGAACACCAAAACAGGCAUUAAAGUCGGUGCUUGGACUUUUGGGUGUAUUUUGAAAGACUCUAAUACUAGAAUAGUGUGCGUAGAAGAAAUUCAGAGGCCGAAUGGCAUGUUGUCUUUGCUAGCUGUUGCAAUAGAUUGCGCUAUAAGUGGAGGAUUAAUUUGUAUAUUUGAUGUUUUUGGUUCCAAAGUUAUAAGAGCUAUACAGAUUGAAGAAAAGAUUACUAGUCUACAUGUAGUGGAUUCUGGUUGUGAGGUUUUGAACUUGCCUGGGCCUCUAAGGAACUUUGAUGGGAUUAUCUCGGUUGGAACAGAAGGUGGAAAUGUAUAUUUGGUAGAUAUCUGCAGGCAGAUCUGUGAGGAAGCACUGCAUUCUGUGACAGUUAGGGAUGAAUUAUGUCCCUGCCAUUUAAUAUUACUGACCAUAAAGGAUAUUCCAAGGGUAGAAUAUUAUAAAGAAAAAUCUGUGAGGGAAGGAGAUCACUUAGCUAUCCAUCUAAAUAUUGUGGUGAACAGUUCAACUCAUCACUUUACACUGAAAGGGCCGAAAGGUGAUGACAGGAUUUUUGCUAAUAGAGAGGAAGUUGUAACCAGUGCCCUUUAUUAUUGCUCUCAGUUAACUUCGCUUUUAGUCGGUUUUAAUUUUGGAGCCUUCCAAUUGUGGGAUCUCACCAGUUUAAAACUGGUAUACACUUCACCAGUUUGCGAGGAACACUUGCCCAUAACACAUUUUGCUUUGCAAGAACCUGCUGAUGAUCCUAGAGCUUUUUGUUAUAUUUGGGCUUCUUAUAGCAAUAUGAAUUUACAUCAGAGCGGUCUACCGUUUGCAGUAAUGUAUUCAGUUUGUUAUGAAUCAAAGGAAUAUCAUGAAGGUUAUGGGUAUUUAUAUCAGGAUUUCCAGUCUUGUUCGGUAAGAUUUCAGGUAGAGCUGGGACCCUUGGGAGAACAUAAGAAUGGUUCUAAAGUUAAAGGCGGGUUGUGUAUAGGACUGCAACCUAUUUGUAAGGUUCCUAAUAAUAAGAACUUAUAUUUGCACGAUGUUACUGGAGAUAUUCUUGCUUUAUGCGCUAUUUCUUGGACCGUGUGGUUUAGUCGAACAGAGACGCAAACCUACAUGUUAGUAUUUGACUUAAACCAGUGGUAUAAAGAGCAGAUGCCUGAUUUUACGAAAUGGAGCAAUUGUUCCAAUUACAUAUUAAAGGCCAACAUUUCCGAAUUAAUUACAGUAGCCAGUCAUAAAGGAAUGCCGUUGUUGGAUAUUAAAUUAAAUAACAAAUCCCUUCGGCAAUUCACAGGAGUGCAGAGGUUAGAAGAACAUUUUUGUCCUAACGCUCUUUCUUUUGACUUGUGGGGACUGAGGGAAAAAGAUGUAAUUUUGUUGCAUAACGAAGGCAUUCAGAAAGCACUACUCAGUCAGAUAGAAUCGGCAGGUCCUUUGUGUCUAAUAAGGCCAAGUGAUGUUUAUCGUCAGAUCGUCACUUUGGGAUUGACACCUUUAUUUGCAGAAGCGUCAUCACAUGUUCCAGUUUCUACAGAAAUGCAACGAGAAAUUAUUCUAAAUGUAGCAUUAGAACAUCAACUUCUUGGAUGGUUAUGUAAAUGCGCCUCAGAGUGGGCGAAUGGCAGUUUCUCUUCAGCAGGAUGUUCUUUAGAUUUCCUCAUCAGCUGGGCGUUUCACAGAGCUAUCGUUCUAAAAACACACUGCGAUCGUUACUGCACACCUCUGUUUGAUUAUUCCCAGUUACGCUUAGAUAAUAAUACAAGCAUCUUGUUGAACAGUUGCAUAAGGCAAAUUAAUAACCUCUCCGCAUUUUACUCUUAUGUGUUGGACAAUCUGUCUGGUUUUAUUUCAAACUUAGAACUUGUUGUCGAGCAGCAGACUAGUUUGAAAAUGGUAUCGAUAUACUUUGAGGUACUUCAGUGGCUUGUGAAUGUCGGUUUGCUGCCUGAAUGUCACCCGUCUACGUAUCCAAGAGUCGAUUGUGCUGAUCGAGUCAGUGCACCCUAUCCCGUUCAAGAAUUAACAGAGUACUAUAAUAAAAAAAGAGCCCAGUUACAAAUGUUGACCAAGGAGACAUUUAUCAGCAGUGAUAGUUUGUUGUUCAUUGAUAAUCUUGUCAAUAAUAAAUGCGGGGCUCAGCUGUUGCAGAAACAGUGGCAAGAUGAUGGAGGCAGUGGCUUAUAUCCCCCUCCUUCACUUCAGUCUUUGCUCCGUACGUACCUAAUAGAAGGCGCAGAUAUUGGCCAUAAGCACUCUUUAAUCAUAUAUGUUUUCCUGGAUCUCGCCAUGGCAUUAGAUCAAAACAGAUAUGCUUCCGUUAUCACGCAUCUUAUAAAGUUUCCCGCUGUAUUUAAAGUCAGCUCAAGUAUAAUUAAAAUCACUCAGGCAUUUUGGCAGUUGGAUCAUGGAGAUUUUACCACCGCAAUGGAACAACUUUUAGACCCUCUCGUUCUUGGAGAUGACUUGCAGCCAUGGCAUCACGCUAUAGCCAUGAGGGCAUUACUUCUACAGAACCAAUAUAAUUUUGCACUGCUCUAUAUGCAAGUUAGGAAACCUCCCAUUACUGAUGAAAAAGACAUGUUAACAGCAAUCAGCCUGUUUAUUGCGAAUAACAUGUUAGAUGAGGCAUUUUACUUCAAGAACCAGCAUCGCAACAACAAUGAAGAAAAACUUCUAAUGCACUUAUUUAACGAAUGCAAUAAAAAUGACUCUUUACAUGUUCUUCUGUACAGAUGCCUCGAUACUAAUGAAGAAAGAGCUUUUUUUAAAUAUUUAAGAUCCGUGGAAAAUCUUACUGCGGAUGACCUUCAAGUUUUUUAUUAUUUAUUGAGAUCGAGGUUUGUCGAGGCGUUCGAUGCUCACCAAAAUUCGAGAAGAAAAAAUCCGGAAAGUCAAGGUUUAGUAGGUCAAAGGAAUACCACUAGAACCGAUCAGAUUGUGAGAAUAUUUAAGACCUUAUUACCUGACAUUAAUAAAAAUCUUGUGGAUGUUGUUCGAAAAGAGAGAAUAAAUUUAUGGAAAGAAGUCGCAAGACCAACUCCUUUGUCUGUCUUUGUCCAUAACUCUAAGGAACAGGUUCACUAUAAAUCGACUGUAAUCCAUGCAGCAUUAGCAAAGGCUAAACACACAUUUAUUGAUAGUCCGACUACAAAAAGGUCUAGGGAAAUAGUAACUGAAGAGACUCCCUUUCUAAGGACUCCAAAAGUCUCAAGAAUGAGUUCAAGACACCCUACUCCUGUAAUUACACCAAAGGUUAUUGAAAUUGAUGAAAGUGGAGAGGAAUUAAGCCCGUCUCCUUCUAAGAGACUAAAACUUACCCCUAGGGCACUCACCUCUAGCCCCACACGAAACCACAGCAUUUCCAUUCAUUCAAGGAUGUUGACACCAAUUGUCAGGAGGAAGACGUCACUGCAAAAGGACGAAACACUUUUAUCUAACAGUAGUUUCAAUGUCUGCACACCUCAAAGCAUCCUAAAGAUUAGAAAUCUUGUAAGGCAUGGUGAUACCAUUUCUGAUGACACAAAGGUUGACGAGAUGAUAGAAGACCACGAUAAUUUACCAAAAAUGGAAAUUUCACCAAGGAAGUCAUCCCUGGGCUUGUUGCCGAGAAAGUCUCUCCCAAGGGCACUGCGUAGGCCUCACGUCAAGUUUGACGAUUCCAUUCGUUUGUCUUCUUCAUUAAGCGAUCAAAGCAUUAAACCAUCUCUGAACAACACAUUAGAAAACCUGUCGGCCGAUAAGUCUACGCUGUCCUCGAAAGAUGUAAGUUUAAUGAUUUCCUCAAAAAAUAGUUCAACUUCCAACACAGAUGAAGUUUUCUAUUCUCCUAAUACUUCCCUUAAUGAUUCUGAAAAUAAGGAAGAGGAUAAUAUUAAUGCUGAACAAAACGUCUCGCAAGUUAGUGAUGCUGUUGAAAAGGUUGAAUUUGAUAAAAAAAUCAGUGUUACUGAGGAUAUUAGAGAGAACAGUUCUCUAACACAGUCUCCAAGGGCCAGAAGAAGUUAUAAGAGAUCUUUUGCGGACACAUUACCAGUUCGUCAGAGCCCGCGAAUAACAAGGCAUUUUAUUAAAGAAAGUUCCAAGCUGGAAUCACAGGUACCCAGUAAGAGUACACUUGCUGAUAGUGACAAUAAGGAAGAAUCCCAGUCGAGUCCCACAAUAGAAGAUUCAGAUCUCUCCGAAGCCAGCACUUCUAAAAUCGAGCCGCCUUCAAUUAUACAAUCUCCAAGACUCUUACAGAAAGUUAAGGGACGCAAAUCACUCAGCAGAAAAGUACUGGAACACAAUACCUUUUCGAAAACACUUUAUUCACCAUCUGUAAUCGACUUGAAUAAGUCUGUGACAAGAGAGACUUCGUUUGCCAAAAUAGAAAAGAGUGUCGUUACAAGAAAAACUCUAGAUACAUUGGAAGUCACCACUCAAGAAACAAAGGAGGAAAUUAAAAAUGUUUCUUCCUUAGCUAAUACCUCUGCCAGCAGCCAUCACAGUACGACAAAUUCUACUUAUAAGGAAAAAAUCUCCGAAGGGCUUCCAGAAACUGAUACUUCUAUUGAAGACAAUUUGUCCUUUAGCAGUCCGAAUUUACCAGAAAGCUUAAAAAUGUCAGAUUCUCUAGUGGAAUAUAUCAAAUCGAGAACGAGCAAGCUGGAGUUCGAACAAACGCCUACUGAAAAUAGUAAAAUACAAUUAGAGGCUUCUGAAGUUACAGAAAAUUCAGAAAUUCCACAAGAAGAAACUCAAAAAGAUGAUUCGCUAAAGGAAGACAAGUUGGAAGCUGAACCGAUGGAAAUAUACGAGGAUCUCUCUAGCGGAGCUGAAGAUAUAAAAGAAAUACUAAUGGAGAGUAGACUGCCAAGUGAUCAGUAUGAAGUAUAUGCCGAGUUGUCCAAUUGUCCUGAAAACAGCUUUAACGAAUUGGAAGAAAAUAUUUUUGAGAGAAGUGGAACCAUGCAACAGGAAACAGUUCAAAGGCAUUUAGAAAAACGACCAAGCACUGCAGCCUCGUUCAAUAGCUUCUACCAGCGUGGCUCUGAUAGUUUCUAUGUCCCUGAAGCUGAGAAAGGCUUCUUAGGUGACCACUCCAAAGCAGAAAUAUCUAUUUUGAGUGCAGAAUGUGAAGUUUCAGAAUCUGAAAAGGGCUUCCUGCCUAGUAUUCAAACAACCAACCAAGAAGACGUUAUAGAAAUCGGCAGUUCUAGUGAUGAACAAGAUAGCAGCAAAGGUGGCAACAGCGACACAAGUGACUCUAGAUCUUUAGAGAAAAGUGAAAGUGAUGAAGACGAACUUAAUAUAUCAUAUGAACGUAAUAUUCAUGUUGAAGAAAAUUCAAGAUCGUUGGUUGAUUCGCAUGAUAGUAGAACAACCGAUAAUUCUGUUGCAGAUGAAGAUGUUCACAACGAAGCUAGACUGAUUGUAAUAGAACAUGUUGAGGAAAUAAAUAAUUUUAACGAAGUAGGCGGUGAAGCCGACAGUAAUUCUGCGGAUUGGGUAAAUAACGAACAAGAGUCUAGCGAUGAAAGUAGUGAACAUCCCGCUGAUGAGGAAGUUGUAAUUGCAGAAGACAGACAACCUGAUGAGAAUAAACCAGAAGAAAUUAUCGAGAUGGAACUUGAGCAACCCUUGCAACAGGGAGAAGAAGCAGAAAUAAUAAUCCAAGCAAAUUUACCUGAAAUAGAUGCAUCAGAAAUAAAACAAGAUUAUAAAGAACUGGUACCAUCUAGUGAUGGAAUUCCACUAGAAGAAAAAGAAGAAGCUAACGAAGGUGAAGAGGUUGAGGAAAAUCAAGAUAUCUCCCAGAAAAAUGAAACUGUAGAAAAUAAACCAGGGGAUUCAUUAAUUGAAAUCAAAGAAAUACCUAACGGAACUAAUACUCAAUGUGUGGAUAAUUCAAGGGGGUCUCAAUUAGAGGACAAAGCAAGUCAACACGAACAUACCGAUGAAAAGAAUGUUCAACCUCCUAGUAUAACUGAAGCACCUGUGACUCACAAAGAAAAAACCACUUGUGAACAAUCCACAAAUACAACAAUUCUGUUUGAAAAAGAAGAGACCAUUAAAAAGGUUGAAGAAAUUUCUGAUACUACCACCGAUAAAACACAAGAAAAUAUUGCACAAGAAAAAUCUAAAGUCGACCAAUCCGCAAAUACAACAAAUUUUGCACCAGAAGAAAGCAUGAGAAAAAGCAAUGAUAGUAUCAUUGAAGUCGAGAGGCCAAAUGAAAGAAAAACGUAUCAUCGUGCGAAAGUUGUUACAGAAGACCAAACAAUGUCGUCUGUAAGCUCGGACACAACUGAGGGUGAAGUCGUUAAACAUGAAAUAGUUGUGAAAGCAGACGUUCACAUUCCAACUAGAAGAAGAACCGAGGAACCUUUGGUCAAACGCUUAACCAGACGAAGUAGCACACUCUUCUCGAAAACUGCCGAGUCUGAUAUUCUAGAAAAUAUAACAGAUCCCGAUGUAUCACACUCAGUGCUUGGUUAUGAUGUAUUGGAUGAAGACCUGCCAAACACUACCUGCCCAACACCUAAUAGGAAAGCCUAUGUCACGGAUAUAUUAGAGGAUAGUACUCUGGGAACAACCUUUAAUUCUGAUAGCGUCUUCACACCAGGAACAGGAACACGUAGCCGACGUUCACGUUCAGUGACUGCUAGCCCUAGCAGGCCUUCAAAAUCACUGAGAUUUUCACGGGAUAAAACCGACGAAUUAGACCAAUCGAGUACCUCCAAAGAUAUCCAAAAGAAAACACGUAAAUUGAGAAGAACAAGAAGUGCAAGCGUAGACGAGGUAGUGGCGUCUCCUAGAAGAUCUUUACGUCGCAGUAGUGUCGAUGAGAAAUCAGAAGACAGCGCUGAAAGUCAAAAGUUGAGAAUUAGAGGAAAGACCACUUCCGUGUCCCAGUUGCCUGUUAUAACAGAGGAAGAAAAAGAUAAACAUAAACCACGUGCUAGAAACAAAGCAAGUAGUGUGGAAAAUUAUACAACCACCAGAAGGCUGACAAGACGUCAGGCCAGUUUCAUAAAGGGUGUAGAGACUCCAUCUAGUGUCACUGCACAAGAUGAUAGCGAUACGGAAAAACUUGUAGACGUUGAUGCUAUUGAUCCCAUUACUCUACUGCAUAAGGAGCCAUUCCAAGGCCCUCCUGAUCCCGACGAAGAAAAAAUUUAUGAACCUUCCUCACCGUCUAACAGUACAGCUAGUUCCUUCAACAAACCCGUCAGACGUGCCUCCAGGUCAGCUUCUAUGACAUCCGAUUCAUCUGCUCCACCUACCACGCCAAAAAGGAAGACAAGGCAACAUUUAAGAGUGGACAGUCCUUCUCCAGUGGGAGUAAAAACAAGAUCUAGAAAACAGUCCGAGACAAGUUCAGUAACUUCCGAGAAGUCAGAUCCCCCCAGCCCUGCCAAGAGAUCAAAAAGGAGACAUAGUUCUAAAGAACCUGAAGAGACUAACAGUACAGCAUCUGCUCCUGUCUUGACAAGAAGUACCCGAAGUAGAGCUAAUUCCACCUCAUCGGUUAAAUCGGAUACAUUAAAUUCUCCUAAAAAGAAACCGAGAAAUCGUCGAUUAAUUUCAGCAAAAUCUGACCUUCCUGAAAUUACAGAAGAGAAAAACAGUGAAGCGGGCGGCUCCAAUGAAAAGUCCACCAUAAAAAGGCAUACAAAGAAGAAAAGCAGUUAGAGUGUUAAUUUUAAGCUAAACGUGUACCAGAGAUAUUUUGUUUUUGUGUGUAUAAAAUGCAGAUAUAAAUAACAAAUUGGUUUUUAUAUA